GGCAAUCCACCACAAGGCCUCCGUUGUUUGACGGAACGAACUACACCUAUUGGAAGGAGCGGAUGAGGAUUUAAUUCUCCAAAGGAUUUUCUCCUUUGGAGAAUUAUCAAGAAUGGUGAAGACGUGCCAAUGAAGAAGGUCGGGGAAACCAACGUUCCUAAGACCGAGAACGAGUAUGAUGCACAAGACAUCAAGAAAGUGGAAAACAAUGCCAAGGCCAUUAAUAUCAUCUAUUGUUCCGUAAACCCGGAUGACUACCGGAAGAUAUCUUGUUGCACCACCGCGAAGGAAAUGAGGGAUAAACUAGAAAUCACCUACGAAGGUACGGAGUUCGGGCUUGUCAUCAAGAAAUUCCACAAGUUCAGUCGCAAGGAGUAUGAACGAAAGGGUAAAAAGCAUGGAGGACCACCCAAGUGCUAUGGAUGUGGAGAAGUUGGGCAUAUCAAGCCAAAAUGCCCAAAUGCCAAAAACGAGAAGGAGAAGAAACCGUUCAAGAAGCACCGAGCUUACAUCUCGUGGGGAGGUGAUUCCGGCGACGAAUCAUCGGAAGGUGAAGAAAAUGAAAGCGCCAACCUUUGCCUCAUGGCACACGAGGAACCACCGGAAGAG